CUCAAGUGUAGUGGGAUAGUCCAGAAAGAUAUGGCUGUCACAAACAAGUUUCCCUCGAUCAUCAGACUGAACGUCGGAGGCACUCACUUCACUACCGCUCUGUCAACGCUACGCAAGUAUGAGAACUCCAUGCUCGCCGCCAUGUUCAGCGGCCGCCAUCUUGUCGAAAUGGACGAGGAGGGGCGGUACUUCAUCGACAGUGACCCGACGUACUUCCUGCACAUCUUGACCUUCCUUCGCAGGGGGCAACUGCCUCCCACGGACAUCGCACGCGAAGUCGUGAGGGAGGCGCAGUAUUACGGGAUUGACGCGCUUGUCGAUCAACUAAGCCAGUGUCAACCCCUUUUCGGAGAGGUGGUCGGCAGGCAAGAAUUCGUGAAGCAAGUACCGAACUACAGGAUGAAUCUAGAGAAUAUGAUCAGCAUCGCGAGGAGAAAGCUUUCGGGAGCCGCGAGACUCGCGUGACGAUGCGCGUCUUCAAAGAGCCGCCAGAGACGAGCAGUCCGCCCCCGGACUUCGUGACUCUUGAGCACACGUGUACGUUUGAGUACGCGGUGAGUUUCGGGCCGUGGGAUGCUUCGCCCGGAGUUAAAGAUUUGGUGGACUGCAUCGCACUUGAUCUCAAAGAGAGAAGGUUCGAUAUUCAACACCACAAGAAAGGAGAAUGCUACAAGGCUGCUGGGCGACUUGGUGGCAGAAACUUUUGCUGCGAGAGACAGUUCUUUGAGUUUACCUUUAAGUGGUGGUAGCCAAUGUUGAAGUGAGUGACCAUCACUAAGUAAUGUUGUCCUCCAUAUGCACUAUAUGAUCCACCCGACAAUAAGAAAUCGAUGAUGCUUUUAAAACAUUUGUUAACUGCAGGUUUGUCUCCAGAACCUGUCCCUCCGUUCUAGAUCUCCGUUCUAGAAUUCAAAAGCUGCUUGUUUGGACAAAAAAAUCACCACAUUCUAACAGAACCUCAUGACAUGAAAUCAUUGUAUUUGGUAAACUGAAAAUGUCAGGUUAAUCAAAUUAAUGAACGAAAAUUGAAAAUAUAUUGGAUGAAAAACAAAUUAAAUGCUGGAGACAUCCCUGUUUGUCUGAUACAUAUAACUAUGAAAAAUUAGUUUGUUCUUGACUAGUUUCAAUAUUUAUCAUAUAUUAUGAUACAGACCAUAAUGUCCUUGUACAGACUAAGCCAUGAUAGUUUAAUUAUUUUUCCCAAUGGGAAAAUAUGUUUUUUUUCUGUGUUCUUCUGUCUUCUCAUUUUGUCUUGAACCAAUCACAGUUUAGAACUGCCAGGCCUAGGGACCUCAGUACAUGUAUUAGCUGUUACAGCAAAUUUAAAAAUGAACAAAAAUAUUAGCUGUGACAGCAAAGAUACAGGUUGCAAUAGCAAAAACCUGGAUGGUAAUUUCAGGUUUGGGAUAGCAGAACCUGUAUUGGUUUCAUGAAAGGCAAAUUACUUGAAGAGAAUCGAAACAUCCUGCAUUUUCUAAAAAAAAUGUUGCCUUUCUAGUAUAGAAGACUUAUCGCACAUUCCUCUUUCUCAUGCGUUGAAUGGCCCAGUGAUUUAUUUUAGAAAUUUUUGGUGGCACAAUAAGAAGUCACAAGUGGGGUUCAAGUGCUGCCAACACCAACAGCUCUGAGCUUUUGGCAUAUUGUGGUUUGCGCAUUGGGUUUGAGAUCUGGCUGCCUGGGUUCAGCACGGGUUCGAAUCCCGGGAGGCAGGAUAUUGUUUCAAAACCUGUAUUGGUUUCAUGAAAGUCAAAUUACUGGGAGAGAAACAUCCCGCAUUUUCUAACAAAAUGUUUCCAGUAGUAAGAGAAUACAACUUGGUGCAUUCUGUAUCACCCGACCACGGGAAGGAUUGCCCGAAGGCCAGAGGGUGAUGCAGAAUACACCGUGCUGUUUUAUUUAUGUCAUACCCACCUGAGAAAACACAUGUUUUGAUGCGAAAUGCACCAGAAGUUGAGAAAAUGUUGUGUGCCCCGUGCCCUGUGUAUUGAAAUUUUCAACUGUGCCGUAUUCGGCCCGUUCUAAAUAGUUUGAUUUACUCGAAGGAAGCCCGUGUGAUACAACUUAGAACCCGUUUGAUACAGAAAGUUAUCACAUGGUCCAGAACACCAGUAUCGAACGUUUAAAGAAAGAAGACUUAUCGCACAUUCCUCUUUUUCAUGCAUUGAAUGGCCCAGUAAUUAGAGUGGUGACAAAACAAGACGUCACAAGGUUCGAUCCUGGCUAGACAUUGGGAAAGUCAUUUUAACAUAUUUUUCCUCACUUCCCCGAGGUGUAAAAUGAGUACCAGCAGACUUUGGACAUAAAAGUAGGAGGUAAAAGGCAGCGGAAGGAGAGGGUUGGGCUCCACCUUCCAAUAAUGUGCUAGACACGGUCAGCUUCCACCAGUGAAAUGAACUCAUUGUUGCAUGAUUAAAAGAAGCAAAAUAAUAGAUAACUUCUCAUCAGAAGAACUUCUCCUAUUUACAUGUAAGCAUAGGUGAUGUAGAUGAUUGAUGGAGUGAUAGUGAGGUGGUGUAAAUGCCCUGAUUUUUGUGAAAUUAUUUUUCUGUUGCAAUGUAUACUCAUACUGUAUGUAUUCUUCCAUUGCAAUUUAUACUCUAUGGUUUUAGAAAGGAAUUUGGCCAUCUAAUGUCUAUGAUUGAUGACCUUAGUUCUGUUCAGUUAGGGGCCCCUAUGCUGUGAUCUGGGCCCCUAUGGCGUGUUUCAACCAGCAUUUAGGGCUUUCAACUGUUUUCCAAAACAAAGUUAAAAAUUUUUAUUAUUACAUUUUUAAAAGUUGGCUCUCAAAAUGCAGGAAAUGGUUUUUCUGAGGGUAUUCUCAAAAAAGUCCCCAGACUCCUCUACAAUGCUUUAUGCAGAAAAAAACGGUUUUGUACCGGUACACCAUAACGGCCGGUACCCACCCCUACAUUGGCCUGAUUGCCCUAGGUGAAGUAAAAGUGCAGAUCAGACCAUACUUGCCCAAGCUGGCCAGUGUGAUUUUUCUGUUUCACAUUUGCCAACAUUCUCCUACGCAGAGACAUCCAACGGUGCCAGCAAACUGCCUCUUGUCUGUUCUCUGCUAUCUCAACCAUCACCAUCUGUUCCUGACCCCCCCUGCCUAUAAAUAUUUCUCAGCUUCCCCUUAUAUAUGCAAAAUCCCUUUUGAAAACUGAAAGGCCAAUUCUCUGAUUGGCUGACAGCUGGUUUGUGGCAAUGCCCGCAGAAACUGAUGGUGACAGUUGAGAUAGCAGAGUACAGAGAAGAGGCGGUUUGCUGGCGCUGUUGGAUGUCUCUGCAUAGGAGAAUGAUUUGCCUAUCAUUGCCUCUUAAUCUAGGGAAGGCUUAUCGUAAUUUGCACGCAUGAUGUCUUGAAUGAUGUCAUGAAUGUUAAACCUCCAUUUGAAGGCUUGGAGAGUACACCUUGCUAUAAAUAGUAUAAUAAAACGAAAGUCAACUUGGACACAUGUGAAUAGAGGAGAGAAUAUUUUGAGUUAACUCACACCAAUGAUUUUUAUCGGAGACUAACAUCGUAUGUAGAGCUUGAUGGAGUAUGGUAAUAAAACAUUAACGAAAA